GUUUAGGAUGAUCCUAAUCUUUCUCCUUCUUAUCCGUAGCAGGCCAUCUACAUUCUUUAGAUUUUUCCUUUUUCACAAGUCAAUUUCGAAUAAUCUGAUAAACAGAGAAUCACAGAGUGAUUAGUUCCAGAGUUCUUGGAUUGUCUCUAUUGUGCUCCAGUUCAGCUUCGAUGGAGGAUUACUCCCUACCCCAUGACUCCCUUUUCCUUGGAUUCGAUAGUUCUACCCAGUCCCUGAAGGCUACGGUGUUAGAUUCCAAUCUCAACCUUGUUACUUCAGAAAUAGUUCAUUUUGAUUCCCAAUUGCCCCAUUACAGAACCAGAGAUGGCGUCUAUAGAGACGCUUCUGAGAAUGGUAGAAUUGUUUCACCCACUUUGAUGUGGGUGGAAGCUCUUGAGCUUGUACUUCAGAAACUCUCAAAAUCAAAACUGGAUUUUGGAAAAAUUGCUGCGAUUUCUGGUAGUGGACAGCAGCAUGGCAGUGUUUACUGGAAGAGCGGAAGUUCUGCAAUACUUUCAUCACUGGAUCCCAGUAAACCACUUGUGGAUCAGCUUGGUGAUGCCUUUUCAACGAAGGAGUCACCAAUAUGGAUGGACAGCAGCACCACAGAACAAUGCAGAGAGAUAGAGAAAGCUGUUGGAGGAGCGUUGGAAUUGUCUCGACUCACUGGUUCACGUGCCCAUGAAAGAUACACAGGACCGCAAAUUCGGAAGAUAUUCUUGAAACUGCCGGAAAUUUAUAAUCAAACAGAGAGGAUCUCUCUCGUUAGCUCCUUCAUGGCAUCCCUUCUAAUUGGGUCUUACGCUUGUAUUGAUGAGACAGAUGGCGCGGGGAUGAACUUGAUGGAUAUCAAGCAAAGGGCCUGGUCUAAAAUAGCUUUAGAGGCCACUGCACCAAGUCUGGAGGAAAAACUUGGAAAGUUAGCUCCUGCCCAUGCUGUUGCAGGUUUUAUUGCCCCCUAUUUUGUGGAGAGGUUCCACUUUAACAAGAAUUGUUUGAUUGUUCAGUGGUCUGGAGACAACCCUAAUAGCCUAGCAGGUUUGACCCUCAAUACUCCAGGGGAUCUGGCAAUUAGUCUUGGCACCAGUGACACUGUAUUUGGGAUAACUAGCAACCCUCAGCCUAGCUUAGAAGGACAUGUUUUUCCUAACCCUGUUGAUACAGAAGGCUAUAUGGUAAUGUUGUGCUAUAAGAAUGGGUCUCUGACUCGUGAAGAUGUGCGUAACCGGUGUGCAAAGGAAUCUUGGGAAGUUUUUAAUGAAUUUCUGGAGAAAACACCGCCCCUAAAUGGUGGAAAGAUCGGUUUCUACUACAAGGAUCAUGAAAUCCUUCCUCCUCUCCCAGUUGGUUUCCAUCGUUAUGUUCUUCAAGGCUUCACAGGUGAGAAUUUGGAUGGGAUAAAUGAAUGUGAAGUGGAGGAAUUUGAUCCAUCUUCUGAGGUCCGGGCAGUGAUUGAGGGCCAAUUUCUCUCCAUGCGAGGUCAUGCAGAAAGAUUUGGAAUGCCUUCUCCUCCAAAACGGAUUAUAGCAACUGGUGGAGCAUCAGCAAAUCAUAGCAUUCUCAAGUCAAUAGCUUCCAUUUUUGGCUGUGAUGUGUAUACAGUCCAAAGACCCGAUUCCGCUUCCCUUGGUGCUGCUUUGCGGGCUGCUCAUGGUUGGCUGUGCAACACAAGGGGCAAGUUCGUGCCUACCUCGUGCUUGUACAAGGACAAGUUGGAAAAGGCAUCUCUCAGCUGCAAGCUUGCGGUCACUGCUGGAGACAAACCACUGGUCUCCAAGUAUGGCUUGUUGAUGAAGAAGAGAAUGGAAAUUGAGAAGCACCUUGUCCAAAAGUUGGGUCGGGCCUAAACAUCAUAGUAAGUGCCGUGUCUAAAGGUUCAAGACUUAGAAAAGGAGAUGGUAGCUGUAGUCCAUGUCCAUGGACCCCUUUAUUAGUUAGCCAAUAAAUUUAAAUAUACCAUCCAUUUUGGUGUUGAUUCUCCUAUUGCUUAUAGAACGACAAUGAAGCUAUAUUUGCAUACAAUAAUUGGGAGAGAUGGGAAUCAUUUGCUUGUUCAUAUUGCUUUUUGUUUGUUGUUUUCCAUGAAGGUUGCUACCAGGUGCAAACAAGAUAAAUUGUUGGACGAAGCACUAGAUUGUGAAUCAAUAAUUAUCUUUCCAAACUGUGGAUUCCA